ACACAGAGGUGGUAGAUCUGUCACUAUGAGCACAGCAGGGAAAGUCAUCAAAUGCAAAGCAGCCGUUUGCCUGGAGGUUAAGAAACCAUUUAGCAUUGUUGAAAUAGAAGUGGCACCACCAAAGGCACAUGAAGUUCGCAUUAAGAUUUUGGCUACAGGAAUCUGUCGCACAGAUGAUCACGCUGUCAGCGGCUCACUCUACACACCUUUUCCCACUAUUCUUGGUCAUGAAGCAGCUGGGGUUGUGGAGAGUGUUGGGGAAGGAGUUACCAGCGUGAAACCAGGAGACAAGGUCAUCCCGCUGUUUGUCCCCCAGUGUGGCGAAUGCAGCUCCUGCUUACAUCCCAAAGCCAACCUGUGCUCCCGUCAUAGCUUCGCAGACGUUAGUGGAAUGAUGCCUGAAGGCACCAGUAGGUUCACGUACAAAGGGAAGCCGCUGCAUCGCUUUGCCAGUACCAGCACCUUCACAGAAUACACUGUGGUGCAUGAGAGUGCCGUCGCCAAAAUCGAUGCUGCAGCUCCUCCAGAAAAAGUGUGUCUGAUUGGCUGUGGAUUUUCGACUGGCUACGGAUCUGCCAUCAAAACUGCACAGGUGGAGCCUGGUUCUACCUGUGCCGUUUUUGGUUUGGGAGGAGUCGGUCUCUCUGUAGUCAUGGGCUGCAAGGCUGCAGGAGCUUCCCGAAUCAUUGGGGUCGACAUCAACAAGGAUAAGUUUGCCAAAGCCAAAGAGCUGGGCGUCACCGACUGUGUCAACCCAAAGGAUUUCGAUAAGCCCAUUCAGGAUGUACUCGUUGAAAUGACCAAAGGCGGUGCUGACUAUACCUUUGAAGUGAUUGGGCACACUGAAACCAUGGCGGCUGCCUUGGCUGCCUGCCAGAUGAAUUAUGGAACCAGCGUGAUAGUGGGAGUGGCUCCGACAUCAUCCAAGGUCUCCUUCGACCCAAUGCUUCUCUUCACUGGCCGCACUUGGAAAGGAUCUGUGUUUGGAGGAUGGAAGGCCAAAGAGGCUGUCCCUAAACUGGUUUCAGAUUUCAUGGCAAAAAAGUUCACUCUCGAUCCGUUAAUUACCCACACUUUACCUUUUGAUAAAAUCAAUGAAGGGUUUGAACUGCUCAGAACAGGAAAGAGUAUUCGCACUGUCCUACUAUUUUGAAGUCCAUGCGGAGUCAGGAAAAAUACAAGAGAGAGACCUUUGGCAGGUGAACUGCCUUGAUCAAUAGAUUAUAUUCCGUGUAACCGGAAAUCUAUGGAAAUGACU